CAGCCAACAUGGCGGCGCCCACAGCUCAACAACAAUCAUUUGUCUCUAACCUCGUUCUGCUUACAUUUCGUUGCUUUCUGUCAGCAACACUUUACACAAUACUUUUUGCUCAUAAUCUGCGUUCCGAGACGAGUUAAUAUUUCUAUAGCACGAUGAAAUCAGGAUAUUUCAGACUUGGAAUGGUUCUAUUUUGUCUGUCGACAUUCGUGAUGGGGUUAUUCAUUUUUACAAAAGGAUUUUUGCUUACGCGGACAGUCAUACUACAAAAUAGCUCAUGCGCGGUUGAUUUUGCAACGCGCGACGAUCACAUUCUUGCUUUCAAUGGUUGCUGGAUGCAUGCUCGAUUUAAACGAGCGGUGAUUAUUAUCGUUGAUGCUUUAAAAUAUGAUUUCUUGGCGUAUGAUUCAUCUUACACUGGAUGUGUACCUUACAAAAAUAAAUUUCGUACUGUGCGUUCUUUGGUAAAUCGUCAGCCAUAUAACGCACGCUUGUACAAGUUCAUUGCAGACCCUCCUACCACGACUCUGCAGCGCCUCAAGGGCUUGACUACGGGAAGCCUACCAACGUUCGUUGAUGCUGGCUCAAACUUUGCCAGUUCGGAAAUAGUGGAAGACAACAUUAUUGAUCAAUUGGUCCGGCUGAAUAAAAAGAUAACAUUCAUGGGUGAUGAUACAUGGGAAAGACUUUUCCCUGGUAGGUUUAAGAAAUCCUAUUCUUUUCCAUCCUUCAAUGUCAAAGAUUUGAACACAGUUGAUGAUGGCAUAUUAAAGUUGUUGCCAUCAGAACUUCAGGAGAUGGACUGGGAUGUAAUUAUUGCACAUUUUUUGGGAGUUGACCACUGCGGGCAUCGCUUUGGACCGAAUCAUCCAGCCAUGGCAGAGAAACUGACUCAGAUGGACCAGAUGAUCAGAAAUGUGACAAGGCAGCUGAGUGAGGACACAGUACUGUUUGUUCUUGGUGACCACGGGAUGACUGUCACUGGUGAUCAUGGAGGGGAUAGUGAGGAUGAACUGACUGCUGGGCUCUUCAUCUAUAGCCCAGCAAAAAUAACUUCGUCACAGCCAGUGCAGGGUGUGAUUACGCAUCAGACAGACUUUGUACCUACGCUGUCGCUCCUUAUUGGCAUUCCCAUACCUUUCUCAAGCUUGGGCUCCCUAAUUACAGACCUUUUCAAUCACUGCCCAUGGUGGGAAACCAAAGAUAAUCCUGUCAGAGAGGAGCAGUGGGCAUGCAAGCCAUCUGUUCUGCAAGUUCUGCCAUCAUCAACAGGUGAAGCCACUCGGUAUAAAAACCAGCGAUACUUUUUUAGUGCAGGUUGUUUGCUGGCAACUCUUUGGUUUAUUCGGAAGUGGAUGCUACAUUAUGGCAAUUUAAAUGGAGACAGGGUUAAUGUGCUAGGCAUGAAGUUUAUAAUGCCUCUGGGAGGUGUGUGCUGUGCUCUGUACUGGGCAGUGCAAGCUCUGCCUCAGAAAGAACUGGAUGCUUUGGCAGGCUGGCAGCAAUGCCUAAUGGCUCAACUAGUUUAUGCUUGUGUCAUCCUUCACAUGAUUAUGGUGUUAGCUCAACCUGUGUUUGUGUAUAUCUGGCACCCAUCUCCUGCAAACACCAUAUCUCCUCCCAGCUCAAGAGGAAUUUCGUUCACCAUCCCAUUUGUAUAUAGACACCUGCGAGAAAACUGGAAUAAUAGAGAUGAGGAAGACAGAACGGCAGCUGCCUAUGGACUUGGCUCAGUAUACAGUUGCAGUGUUUGGGCACUGGCUGCAAGCGUCUUUCUGCUGCUUGUGCUUCUGCUGGGUGAAGAAGCUUCACCAGGCCUCUGCUUGGCGGUGAUCAUCAUGUUCUUCUUCCUGGAGCUCACAUCCGCCUAUGGGACUAGUAACAAAGGUGAUAAACAGAUACCAGUCUCCUUGCUGACAGUGGUUGGACAUGGUGUGCUGUCAUCUACAUUUUUCUUUGCCACAGGGCAUCAGGCCACCAUUCCAUCUAUCCGCUUUGAAUCUGCUUUCACUGGUUUCCACGGUGAUUUUUCCAGCAACAUUCUGCCAGCAGCUCUAAUCACUCUCAAUACAUUUGCAGCACCACUUUUGUUUACAGUAUUGUCUCCUCUGCUGCUGUUUUGGAAAUAUCUGGAGGGUCCCGUGAAGAGGUGGAUUAGUGUCCCUCAAAGAACAAGUAUUUCUAAGUGGAAGGGAGAUUUUCACUUAUAUGAUGAUGGCCUGCUGCUAAGAAAAAAUCUUUUCAUCAGCUUAUCUCGUAUGCUCUUCUUCAGCUUUGCCAAGGUCUUGGCAGCAGCAUGUGCUGCAGUUAUCCACCGGCGCCAUCUAAUGGUAUGGAAGAUCUUUGCCCCACGGUUUAUUUUUGAGGCAGCAGCCAUGCUUGUGACAACUUUUGUGCUUAUGCUUAUGUAUUUGUUUGUUCUUCAUGUCGACCACAAGAUUACGAGACUUGUCAAAUCACUUGAAGACCAAGAGAGACAGCAUUAAAAAGACUUUACGAGAAUUGGUAGAGUCUUUAGGAAAAUUUUUCAAAACAAGCAUAGGGAUGAGAGUUAAUGCACCACCAUCAGCAGCUGCCUCCACAGCUACCUGCCAGGAGGAAUAAACUGCUGCAAUCUAAAUGCAAAAUGUUCAAAAGUGCUUCCAGGCAACGCUGUACAGUUAAUAUCUAUACUCAUGUCAACAUAAAAACUUCUGGAAUCUUCUCUUGAAAAGCCUGUGUGUCAGUCAGCAUUUGCAACAUAUUCUUACUCUGUUUAUUGACAUUUUACACAGAAAUAUUUGAAUGAAUAGCCAAGCUCAUUUCUAAAACUAUUAAUGUAUCUAAUCAGAACAGGCAGUUAUAUAUAUAUUUAAUUAUCAUAUUAUUUUCUUACAAGAAAUGUACAUUUUGCAUACAUUUAAUUAUCAUAUUAUUACUGAGAUAUGUAAUUGGAGUCAUUCAUGCGGAAAUAAACAUACACUUAGACCACCUCA